AUGUCUUAUAGAGGACCCAAUGGAAAUUUUGGCGGUAUGCCAAUGUCAUCAUCACAGGGAUCAUACUCCGGUGGUGCACAAUUCAGAUCAAAUCAGAAUCAAUCUUCUUUUGGCAUGUUGAAACAGUGGAAGCAAUCUUUUGAAAAGUUUGCUUCCAGGAUUGAAGGACUCACUGACAAUCCAAUUGUUCACAAAUUGAAGCCUUAUAUUCCAAGUUUGUCAAGAUUUUUCAUUGUGGCCACCUUUUAUGAGGAUUCGUUUAGGAUUCUGUCACAAUGGUCCGACCAAAUCUUUUAUCUGAAUAAAUGGAAACAUUAUCCAUACUUUUUUGUCGUUGUGUUCCUGGUUGUGGUUACGGUCUCUAUGUUGGCUGGUGCCAGUUUGUUAGUCCUAAGAAAGCAAACCAACUAUGCCACCGGUGUGUUAUGCGCUUGUGUUGUUUCUCAGGCCUUGGUUUAUGGAUUAUUCACAGGCUCAUCAUUUGUCCUAAGAAACUUCAGUGUCAUUGGUGGAUUAUUGAUUGCAUUCAGUGAUUCAAUUGUUCAGAACAAGACCACGUUCGGUAUGCUUCCUGAAUUAAACAGCAAAAACGACAAAGCAAAGGGUUACCUAUUGUUUGCAGGUAGAAUCCUAAUUGUUUUAAUGUUCAUUGCCUUCACAUUUAGUAAAUCUUGGUUUACUGUCGUCAUAACCAUCAUCGGCACCAUUUGUUUUGCCAUUGGUUACAAGACAAAAUUUGCAUCCAUUAUGUUAGGUCUGAUCUUGACUUUUUACAAUGUUACACUAAACAAUUACUGGUUUUAUAACAAUACCAAGAGAGACUUUUUGAAGUACGAAUUCUAUCAGAACUUAAGCAUUAUCGGUGGGCUAUUAUUAGUUACCAAUACUGGUGCCGGUGAAUUAUCCGUUGAUGAAAAGAAGAAAAUAUACUAA